AGAGGCCAGCCGAGAGCGCCUGCGCGGCGGUCGUUUGAGUGGGGUUGGGUCUGGAGGACUAAGUCCUGGGGUUUCUCUUGAGCAGGAGCGGUCCCCGAUAGUCUCAGGCUUCAGUCUAGGCCCUGAAUGGCUGGCCUCCAGUUGGCACCACAUCUGCCUAUGGGUGUUACGCUCCCACAUGAUAAAGCAGAAGAAGCUCCAGGGCUCCGCUCAGCAAAGCAAGACCCUUAUGAACAAGGUGACUCUUCCCAGCAGUCAUCAGUGGGGCACCUGAGGAACCAUUUCCAGCAGAAGCUUUUGAGCCACAAAGAGCCGAUGCUGGAUAAUGUCUACACUCACCCAAAGUGGAACACCUGCACUAAAGCCCGGAGCUACUCCCAUCCCCACUGUGCAGGAAUCGGCCACCAACAUUCAGGAAGUGAUCCCCAGGGCCAAGGGAAGGGUUUGUUUUACUCAUCAGUCGCUCAAUCCCGGUAUCCCAAAGCAAAUAACCAGGACUUUAUCCCGUUUACAAAGAAAAGAGUUGGGGUGGACCGGGCCUACCCACUGAAACCUGUGGUCCACCGGAAGUCUGGCAGUAUAGGUGAGGCUGGCACUGAUGGGGACCAGAAUGUCAACUUAAGACCCCCUGAGCCAAGAGAGUUUUCAUACAGCAACUUUGGUUUGAGGAACCGGGCAAAUUCAUCUGUGGUUGGUACUGUUCUUGCUGCUGUGCAGGGGGAGAGGGCCAUGGCAGACUUCGACAGGACCAAGUGGAUGCAGAUCCAAAGACUAGAAGCUGCAGGGGACAACUUAGAGGAGGAAAUCCGAAGAAAGGAGAUUCUGCUGAGGGAAAAGCUAAAGAGGACAGAGGAGGAACUCAGAAGGAUUCAGAAGGAAAAGGAACAGGCUGAGGAAAAUGAAAACAGAGAGCUACAGAGAAUGAUAUUCCUCAGGAGAGUUAAAGGUAAUAACAGCAACACCAUGUACAAACCUGUCUUCUCCCCAGAAUUUGGGUCUAAGGAGGUGCUCAGUAGAGACAGGAGAGAGGAUGAAACUUGGAGACGGUCUCAAGAAAAUUCUAGCCCUUCCCAGUUCUAUGAUUACGGAAUCCAGAGUCUCAAAAGGGAAAAGCUGGCGGCAAGCAAUAACAAAAUCCGAGAUCAAGUCUCAGAGCCAUCAACAGAGAAGUUUUCUCAGCCUUCAGAAGCACCAGGCAGUACUGUGCAGGGAUACACCAAAAAUUCUAGCCUGUCCAGGGCACCAGACUCCUCAGGGUCCAGCGGCUCCGUGGAAGAGCCUCAACUGGGCAAGUGCAGCCACUGUGGACGCAAGUUUCUCUUGCUCAGGCUGGAGAGACACUCCAACAUCUGCAGCAGGAUGCAGGGUUCCAAGAGGAAAGUGUUUGACUCUUCCAGGGCCCGGGCUAAAGGCACAGAACUAGAGCGGUACUUGAACUGGAAGGGGCCAGCUUCAGUCAAGGCUGAACCUCCUCAGAAGAGCAACUGGAGGCAGAAGCAUGAAUCUUUUAUCCGUACCCUCCGCCAGGCUCGAGAGGUCCAGCAGGUAAUUGCCAAAGGUGGAAACCCCUCAGACUUGCCUCCCAUCCUGCCUGCAGAAAAUCCAGACUAUAUUCAGUGUCCUCACUGUAGCCGCCACUUUGCUCCCAAGGUGGCUGAGCGACACAUUCCCAAGUGUAAGACCAUCAAGAACCGUCCUCCACCUCCAAGGAAGCAUUAUAGUUGA